CGGGUGCAGGGUCUCCGCCGCAGCCCGCUCCCUCCCGCCCUGCCGCGGCCCCUGGAGCAGCCGCUCCGGCCCGCGGUUCCGACAGAAGCCCGCGGCGGGUUUGCUCCACAAAGAUGAACUGGACGGCAGCGACGUGCUGGGCCCUGCUGCUAGCCGCCACCUUCCUCUGCGACAGCGGUGCGGCCAAGGGUGGCCGUGGAGGGGCUCGCGGCAGCGCCAGGGGAGGGUUGCGCGGAAGCGCGCGCGGGGCCCCGAGGGUGCGCGUGAGACCGGUGCCCCGCUACGGAGGCUCCUCCCUGCGCGUGGCGGCAGCGGGGGCGGCGGCCGGGGCGGCCGGGGCGGCUGCGGGCCUGGCAGCGGGCGCCAGCUGGAGAAGGGCCCCGGGCCCGGGGGAACACGACCUGGAGGACGAGGACGCGGGACCAGGUGGCAACCGGACGGGCCAAGGCGUCUACAGCUACCGGGCAUGGACUUCGGGCGCGGGGCCCACCAGCAGCCCCCACCUCUGCCUGCUGCUGGGCGGCGCUCUUGGCGCCCUGGGGCUGCUGCGGCCCUAGGCCCUACCGGGCUAGGGCAAGAUCUGGCCCCCAGCCAGUGCCCUCCAGCAGGCCUCUCCAGCCUGCCCCAGAGACCU